AUGGCAGUCAUUGAGGCACCUCUUCCACAAGGAGCUGGGUAUGCGGUUGUUGUUGGUUUAGGAUUUGUAUUCGCUUUUGCGAUGAUCCUGACAACAUAUGUUUUAAGACGUUAUCAAAAGGAAAUCAUUACUGCUGAAGAGUUUGCAACAGCAGGUAGAUCUGUGAAAUCAGGUUUGAUUGCAGCUGCUGUGGUCAGUUCGUGGACAUGGGCAGCAACGCUAUUACAAUCUACUGCUAUGGUUUACAAAGUGGGUAUAUCUGGUGGUUAUUACUAUGCCGCGGGUGCUGGUUACCAGGUUAUUCUUUUCAGUGCAUUAGCUAUCAAGUGUAAGCAAAGAGCCCCAAACGCUCAUACUUACUUAGAAAUCAUUAAGGCUAGAUAUGGAACUCUUGGUCACGCAGUCUAUAUGUUUUAUGCUCUUGCCACAAAUAUUCUAGUUACUGCGAUGCUUUUGACUGGUGGUUCAGCCGUUGUUUCUGAUCUAACCGGCAUGCAUACCGUCGCAGCAUGUUUCUUAUUACCUGUUGGUGUUGUGCUUUAUACUAUCUGUGGUGGUAUCAAAGCCACAUUCUUGACGGAUUAUGUGCAUACAGUGGUCAUUAUUGUCAUUAUUAUGACGUUCGCCUUUACUGUAUAUGCAACUAGCUCUCAACUAGGAUCUCCAUCUGCAGUCUAUGACUUGGUGAGGGAAGCAGCAAAAAAGCAUCCAAUUUCAGGUAAUGCUGAUGGUGAAUAUUUAACAAUGAAGUCUCGCUCAGGUGGUAUUUUCUUCGUCAUUAACAUUGUGGGAAAUUUUGGGACUGUUUUCUUGGAUGCUGGAUACUGGAAUAAAGCCAUUUCCUCUUCUCCAGCCGCUGCUCUACCAGGUUACGUGAUUGGUGGUUUAUCAUGGAUUGCAAUUCCUAAUUUAAUUUCUGUAUCAAUGGGUUUGGCCUGUCUUGCAUUGGAAUCUUCACCAAAAUUCCCAACGUACCCAGACAGAUUGACUAAAGAUCAAGUUAGUGCAGGUCUUGUCUUGCCCAGUGCAGCAGUCACGCUAUUGGGCAAAGGUGGUGCUGUUGCAACAUUAUUAUUAGUCUUUAUGGCGGUUACAAGUGCCAUGUCCGCUGAAUUGAUUGCAAUUUCAUCGAUUUUCACUUACGAUAUCUACAGAACAUACCUUAACCCUAAAGCUACUGGAAGACAAUUGAUCUUUUCUUCACAUAUCAGCUGUGUGGUGUUCGCUCUAAUUAUGAGUGGUUUUGCUACAGGAUUAUACUAUGCUGGAAUUAGCAUGGGAUACCUUUACGAAUUAAUGGGAAUCAUCAUUUCAUCAGCGGUGAUUCCAUGUGCUUUGUCAUUAUUCUGGGACGCUCAAAACCUAGUGGCUGUGGUUGCCUCUCCAAUCAUUGGAACUGCCUUGGCUAUUAUGUCUUGGUUGGUCUGCACCAAUGCAAAGUCUAGUGAAAUCACGGUCAACUCUACUUUUGGUGAUGAUCCAAUGUUGACUGGUAAUGUUGUCGCUUUACUAUCACCACUUGUUACGAUCCCUAUACUUACCUAUGUUUUUAAACCACAAAACUUUGACUGGGAAAUCCUAAAGACGAUCACUAGAGCAGAUGAGAUCCCUGAAUUGGUUGAAGCUGAAGCUCGUCAAGGUGUUUCCGAUAGCGACAGCAGUGAUAAUGCUCGGGAGCCUGAGAAGUUGACAGCUGUUAGAUCUAUCGUGACAGUGAUAGAGGAGAUUCCAGAGGAUGAUAUCAAAAAAAUGGCAGAUGAAGAAACUGCGUUAUUGAAUAGAUCAAGUAAAAUGGCAGGAUAUCUAGCCUUGUUCUUCGCAAUUAUUUUUAUGGUUUUAUGGCCAAUGCCAAUGUAUGGAAGCGGAUAUGUUUUCUCUAAGAGAUUCUUCACCGGGUGGGUUUGUGUAUUGAUCAUUUGGAUCUUCUUCACUGCAUUCUGCGUUUGUAUUUAUCCAUUAUGGGAAGGUAGGCAUGGAUUGUAUACUACCUUUAGAGGUAUUUACUGGGAUUUAUCCGGCCAAACAUAUAAAUUAAGGGAAUGGCAGGACUCUAAUCCAGAGGAAAUGAAAGCAGUGCAAUCUCAAAUCAUAGCAAAGGUUGAAUCUGUCAGAUCAGCUAACGACAGAAAUAUAGACGUUAAAAUGAACGAUGUUGAUGCCAUCAUGGAUUCGUCGUAG